CCCGAAGAGUUGCCCGGUGGCCGAGGCAGACGGAAGCCGAGGGAGAGUCUCGGCAGCAGCAGGAUGGGGGAUUCCAAAGUGAAAGUGGCUGUGCGGAUCCGGCCCAUGAACCGGAGAGAAAUUGACUUGCAUGCCAAAUGUGUGGUGGAUGUAGAUGCAAACAAGGUUAUUCUUAGCCCUGUAAAUACUAAUCUUUCCAAAGGAGAUGCCCGAAGCCAGCCAAAGGUGUUUGCAUAUGAUCAUUGUUUCUGGUCCAUGGAUGAAUCAGUCAGAGAAAAAUAUGCAGGUCAAGAUGAUGUUUUCAAGUGCCUUGGGGAGAAUAUCCUUCAGAAUGCGUUUGAUGGUUACAAUGCAUGUAUCUUUGCCUAUGGACAGACUGGAUCUGGAAAAUCUUAUACCAUGAUGGGCACAGCCGACCAACCUGGAUUAAUUCCAAGACUUUGCAGUGGACUCUUUGAACGAACUCAGAAAGAGGAAAAUGAAGAGCAGAGUUUUAAAGUAGAAGUGUCCUAUAUGGAAAUUUAUAAUGAAAAAGUUAGAGACCUUCUUGAUCCCAAAGGAAGUCGUCAAACGUUAAAAGUCAGAGAGCACAGUGUGUUGGGACCCUAUGUCGAUGGACUUUCUAAACUGGCUGUCACAAGCUACAAGGAUAUUGAGUCUUUGAUGUCUGAGGGUAACAAGUCUCGUACAGUUGCUGCCACGAACAUGAAUGAGGAGAGCAGUCGAUCCCAUGCAGUCUUCAAAAUCACCCUUACCCAUACUUUAUAUGAUGUGAAGUCUGGGACAUCUGGAGAGAAAGUGGGCAAACUGAGCUUGGUUGACUUAGCUGGCAGCGAGCGGGCAACGAAAACUGGAGCCGCAGGGGACAGGUUGAAGGAGGGGAGCAACAUCAACAAGUCCCUCACGACCCUCGGUCUCGUUAUCUCAGCCCUAGCAGAUCAGAGUGCUGGCAAAAACAAGAAUAAAUUUGUUCCAUAUCGUGACUCAGUUCUCACUUGGCUGCUCAAAGACAGUCUUGGGGGUAACAGCAAGACAGCCAUGGUGGCCACUGUUAGUCCAGCCGCUGAUAACUAUGAUGAAACCCUUUCAACUCUGCGGUAUGCAGACCGCGCCAAGCACAUCGUGAACCAUGCUGUGGUGAAUGAGGAUCCUAAUGCACGAAUUAUCCGGGAUCUCCGGGAAGAAGUAGAAAAGCUCCGAGAACAGCUAACUAAAGCAGAGGCAAUGAAAUCUCCAGAGCUAAAAGACCGGCUAGAAGAAUCAGAGAAGCUAAUCCAGGAAAUGACUGUGACCUGGGAGGAGAAAUUAAGGAAAACCGAGGAGAUUGCACAGGAGCGACAGAAGCAACUUGAGAGUCUUGGAAUAUCUCUUCAAUCUUCUGGGAUUAAAGUUGGGGAUGAUAAAUGCUUCCUUGUUAAUCUGAAUGCUGAUCCUGCUCUGAAUGAACUUCUGGUUUACUAUUUAAAGGAACAUACAUUGAUAGGGUCAGCAAAUUCCCAAGAUAUCCAGCUAUGUGGAAUGGGAAUUCUUCCUGAACAUUGUAUUAUAGACAUCACAUCAGAAGGCCAGGUUAUGCUGACUCCUCAGAAGAACACCAGAACAUUUGUAAAUGGCUCUUCUGUAUCUAGUCCUAUACAGCUACACCAUGGGGACAGGAUAUUAUGGGGAAACAACCACUUCUUCAGACUGAAUUUGCCUAAAAAGAAGAAGAAAGCAGAUAGAGAGGAUGAGGAACAAGACAGCUCCAUGAAGAAUGAUACCAGUUCUGAGCAACUGGAUGUAGACGGAGACUCCUCCAGUGAGGUGUCCAGUGAAAUCAACUUCAAUUAUGAGUAUGCACAGAUGGAGGUUACCAUGAAGGCUCUGGGUAAUAAUGAUCCAAUGCAGUCCAUAUUGAACAGCCUAGAACAACAGCAUGAAGAAGAGAAACGAUCUGCAUUAGAGCGCCAGAGGCUUAUGUAUGAACAUGAAUUGGAGCAGCUACGAAGAAGGCUGUCUCCUGAGAAGCAAAACUGCCGUAGCGGGGACAGGUUUUCUUUCCACUCACCCAGUGCUCAACAGCGACUGAGACAGUGGGCUGAAGAGAGAGAAGCAACACUGAAUAACAGCCUGAUGAGGCUAAGGGAACAAAUUGUCAAAGCCAAUCUGUUGGUGAGAGAAGCUAGUUACAUUGCAGAGGAACUGGAUAAAAGAACAGAGUAUAAAGUAACCCUGCAGAUUCCAGCCUCCAGCCUGGAUGCCAACAGGAAGCGAGGCUCUCUUCUUAGUGAGCCUGCAAUCCAGGUGAGAAGAAAAGGAAAAGGAAAACAGAUUUGGUCUUUAGAAAAACUGGACAACAGAUUGCUGGAUAUGAGAGACCUUUAUCAGGAGUGGAAGGAGUGUGAAGAAGAUACUCCAGUCAUACGGUCCUACUUCAAGCGUGCUGAUCCAUUCUAUGACGAACAGGAAAAUCACAGUCUCAUUGGGGUGGCGAAUGUCUUCCUCGAGUCCCUCUUCUAUGAUGUGAAGUUACAGUAUGCUGUUCCAAUUGUCAACCAGAAAGGAGAGGUGGCAGGUCGGCUGCAUGUAGAGGUGAUGCGAAUCAGUGGUGACAUUGGGGAAAGGAUUGCUGGAGGUGAUGACACCACAGAUCUCUCCUGUGAUAAGGAAAUCCAGGAGAAUAGACUUGUGUGCAUGGUUAAAAUACUUCAAGCCACUGGCUUGCCACAGCAUCUGUCCCACUUUGUGUUCUGCAAAUACAACUUCUGGGACCAACAGGAGCCAGUAAUUGUUGCACCUGAAGUUGAUACCUCCUCCUCCUCUCCUGUCAGCAAGGAGCCUCAAUGCAUGGUUGUCUUUGAUCACUGCAAUGAGUUUUCUGUUAACAUUACUGAAGACUUCAUUGAGCAUCUUUCAGAAGGGGCAUUGGCAAUUGAAGUAUAUGGCCAUAAGAUGAAUGAUCCUCGGAAAAACCCAGCCCUGUGGGAUUUAGGGAUUAUCCAAGCAAAAACACGUAGUCUUCGGGACAGAUGGAGUGAAGUCACCAGAAAAGUGGAAUUCUGGGUCCAAAUCUUGGAACAGAAUGAGAAUGGUGAAUACUGCCCUGUAGAAGUAAUUUCUGCAAAGGAUGUGCCAACAGGAGGAAUCUUUCAACUCCGGCAGGGACAGUCUCGGCGAGUUCAAGUGGAAGUGAAGUCUGUGCAGGAAUCUGGGACUUUACCACUGAUGGAAGAAUGUAUAUUGUCUGUUGGCAUUGGAUGUGUAAAAGUUAGAACACUCAGAUCCCCCAAGACUCUUGAGACCUUUCAUGAGGAAGAGGAGGACAUGGACAGCUACCAGGAUCGGGAUUUAGAGAGACUGCGUAGAAAAUGGCUAAAUGCAUUAACAAAACGUCAGGAGUACUUAGAUCAACAACUGCAAAAGCUUGUCAGUAAACAUGAUAAAACAGAGGAUGAUGCCGACCGUGAAGCUCAACUUCUAGAGAUGAGACUGACCUUGACCGAGGAGCGGAAUGCAGUAAUGGUCCCCUCUGCCGGCAGUGGCAUUCCAGGGGCCCCAGCAGAAUGGACCCCAGUUCCUGGGAUGGAAACACACAUUCCUGUUAUAUUCCUUGACUUAAAUGCUGAUGAUUUCAGCUCCCAGGAUAAUCUUGAUGACCCAGAAGCUGGUGGAUGGGAUGCUACCCUCACUGGAGAAGAAGAGGAUGAGUUCUUUGAACUGCAGAUUGUAAAACAGCAUGAUGGAGAGGUGAGAGCAGAAGCCUCUUGGGACUCUGCAGUGCACAGCUGUCCUCAGCUCAGUAAAGGCACCCCUGCGGAUGAGCGAGUGUAUCUGAUUGUGCGGGUGACAGUCCAGCUCAGCCAUCCAGCUGACAUGCAGUUAGUGUUACGGAAACGAAUUUGUGUCAAUGUUCAUGGCCGGCAGGGUUUUGCUCAGAGUCUCCUAAAAAAGAUGUCACAUCGAAGUUCUAUUCCUGGCUGUGGAGUGACUUUUGAGAUUGUCUCCAAUAUUCCAGAGGAUGCCCAGGGAGUAGAGGAACGAGAAACAUUAGCAAGAAUGGCAGCUAAUGUUGAAAACACCGCUUCUGCUGACUCAGAGGCUUAUAUUGAAAAAUACCUCAGAAGUGUGCUGGCUGUGGAGAACCUUCUCACUUUGGAUCGUCUUCGCCAGGAAGUUACAGUGAAGGAACAGUUGACAGGAAAGGGGAAACUGAGUAGGAGGAGUAUUAGCUCUCCAAAUGUGAACAGAUUGUCUGGCAGCCGACAAGACCUUAUUCCAUUCUACAGUCUAGGCAGCAACAAGGGCCGGUGGGAAAGUCAACAGGAUGUAUCCCAAACUGCAGUUUCCAGAGGGAUAGCUCCUGUUGCCCCAUCUCUCCCAGACCGUCACCAUAAUAACCAUUCUCCCGACCCAGGAUUUAGUAGCCUAGCAGCCUCCUACUUGAAUCCAGUAAAAUCCUUUGUGCCGCAGAUGCCAAAGCUCUUGAAGUCGCUCUUCCCUGUCCGUGAUGAGAAAAGGGGCAAGCAGCCGUCUCCCCUCGUACAUCAGGUAAAAGCAUCAGGAAAACAAUGCCCGUGCCCCGGAAUCAUGGUGCAGUCUGCCUUCCCGGACGUGGGGACGCCCAGAAUGGUGGAGGCUUACCGAGAGAGCGUGGGGAUUAGUGCGGCUCCUGAUGUGACUGUGCAGAUGGCCCCCGUGAAGAUGUGUGACAGACCCACGAAAGCACCUCCCCAGCAGUCCGUCACUGCCAACACCCAGGCCCCCGAAGUUCAGGAAGGGCCGCCCAGCCCCCUGAGUGAGGCCUCCAGUGGGUACUUUUCCCACAGCGUCUCCACCGCGACACUGUCCGAUGCAUGGUCCCUAGCCUUGAUGCUGCGGCUGCAGUGGGGGGCCAGACGCCUGGCUCGCCCCCUCCUGCCCUCUGGCCCGGCCACCCCGGACACGGAGCUCCCAUUUCCAUCUGCUGCUCCCACUGCAGACAGUGAUCUUCCUGCCCGGUUGGAGGGUCAGCGCAAGCCUUCUACCUCCUGUCCAAUCACCUGCUCUGGCGUCUCCAUUCAGAUCCAGAAGGUGCGAACCUCGGAGCUGAAGUCGUUCUCGCGCAUGCUGGGCGGGGACUCCAGCUGCCCCUCUGGUGCUGAGGAGGACCUGCCGGCCUCUGGGGGGCCGAGUGACAGCAGUGCUGGGACACAGGCCCUGGGAAAGCUGGAGGUUUCCUCAGAUUCUGAAGAAGCCAGCGAAGUCCCAGAGUGGCAAGAGGGAGAAUGUGUCACCGUGGGCACCAACAAGAUAGGCAUUGUGAGGUACAUCGGGCCAACUGACUUUCAAGAGGGAACGUGGAUCGGAGUAGAGUUACACUCACCUUCAGGUAAGAAUGACGGCUCCAUCGGAGGGAAGCAGUACUUCAAGUGCAACCCUGGCCACGGGCUGCUGGUGAGGCCGAGCCGGGUGCGCAGAGCAACGGGCGCAGGGCAGCGGCGCAGCGCGGGGCCCAGGCUGCAGGGCGCCCCUGAGCCCCGAAGGAGCAGCACCCUCUCUGGCUCCGCCACCAACCUGGCCUCCCUGACGGCGGCUCUGGCCAAGGCAGAGGGCGCCACAGCGCUGAGGGCCGACAGGAGCCAUAAGAACCCGGAGAACCGAAAGUCCUGGGCAGCUAAGCCGGCUCCCCGGCCCUCCUCCCUCAUGGUCCUCCUGGGCUGCUGGCCUGCUUCCCUGGCCAGUGCUGCCGGAGGGCGUGGCUCCCGAGCCUUGCCGGUGACGGCCCUGGGGUGGGCAGUGACACCUCAGACCCCCUUCCCUGGGGAGCAGGCAGUGAACUCUUUUUGCACAACACAGGGCUCGUGACCUUUCCCUGCUCCUCCCGGGACUCUGGAAGCUUCAUUUCUUCCUCUGCUCAGAGAAGAGGCAUCUCCACAAGGCAGAGGGGUUGAAGGUUCUAGGAGCCUGGAGCAGUCCUGGAUGGUGGGAGCCAGGCCCCUGCCUGGAGAUUUCCUGGGGCUGUUGUUCCUCUUUUCUGUUCUAAUGACCCCACUAACCUCGUAACCAACCUCGUAACCAGUGCCUUUCUUUCCCAGAGGCAGGGCAUCCUCCCUCUGCCUCCAGGGCCAGCGCCCCAGCCGACCUGCCAUGGUUCUGGCUUGCUCCCCAGGCUCACUGCAUCCUCUGGCCCCCCAGAGACCCAACACCAAGUAACAGACUCCCACAAGUGCCUCUGGUGGGACUUUUGGCACAAGGUCCUGGGCGCCACAGCAACGGGCACUGGGCCUGACCCUCCCACCUUUCCCUCCUCCUUUCCGCAGGGUUUUGUACCGGUUUCUUUGUGGGCAUGUUAGUGUCAUUAUACCUGGAAAGCGUUUUCUCUUUGCCAUUUGUUCCCUUAACAGAGUGCUUGGAAUAUAUUUAUUUAUAUUUAUUUUUUCAAAAUCCGAAAUCUUUCGCGAGCCACAAUCAUCUGCCCAGGCAUGAGUGCCCCGGGCCUGCCUUGCACAUCACCAGCCUCUGAGGCUGCUCAGCAGCUGCCAGCCUCCUGCCUCUGGCAGGGGUUCCCAGGGGACAGAGGGUGAUGCCCCUCCUUACGUUAUCAUUGACACAGACGCACAAGUGGCCUUACUCCAAGAGAGCAAAAACUUGGAGGAUUAUGUUAUGGUGCAUCUGCAAUGGCAAAGUCAGCAGAGGUGUCACGACCCUAUUUGGUGCAAUUUUGUUUUCUUGGAAGGGCCUGAGACCAGUUUAACUUCUUGGCAGUUCUAUACCCUGAUGACUCCCUAAGGCUGGGGGCUGUGGCCUAGCAGGUGGGCCUGUGCAAGGAGAGCUCCCCACUGUCCCUACCAGUCCAGACCUGGACAGCAGGAGACCCUCCACAAGCAUUGCCCAGCUCUCGCAGGACACUUCCUGGAACCCUUCCCCCGCCAGGCUGGUUGGGAGUUGGAACGGAGUCUGCAGAAGUGAGAAGAGGGCUGGUGCCUCUGGACCAGGGGGUGGCGUGUGGCCUCCGGUGGGGAGUGCCAGGUGGGAUGGAACCUCCAUGGGAGAGCUAGUGCUUCUGGAACUUUCCACGGGAGUAGCCCAGGGACCUAGUGCCCAGCAUUCGGUUACCUGCCAUGUAUGUCCUCACAAGGGAGCAGGAGCCUAGGGGGACAUCCUGGCAGCCCGGGACAAACCCUGGGUCAGGAUUUGUGCACGGCACUGGGAGGCCUGUUUUUAGUUCUCACAUUUAGACUCUUAGAAACGAUGCCCAGGAAGCCCUUUUUGAAAAAUCUCUGUUCCGUAGGGAUUUGAAGCCCCUACGGAGAAGUCAUGUCAGGUUCCAUGCCCCAGAGUGGGGCUGUGUGGGGGCCCACUGUACCUGAGGGUUUGCAGCUGCCGCAGGCCCGAAUCCCUGUUGGGGAGGAGCCCGGGAUUAAUUAGCUUCCAUUAAUACACGGGGCGCCGCCUGCCGCCCACCCACCGCUUUGGGGCCCAGCUUCCUAACAGCCAGCUGUGUGCCAGGUGAGAGCUGCCCCUCCCCCCACCCCGUGUGCCCUAGUCCUCACACUCCUCACUCUGGGCUGGGCCCCCGUGACUCGAGCUGCCACAGGAGACGGGCCCAGAGCUGAAGGGCACACCCCUCGUGUAGCUUUAUCUCAGCAAAUGUUCAGUUUCUGCUAACCUCCUUCCCAGCGCAGAAGUCCUCCACAAAUCUGUGUUCAGGUAGGACUUUGCGGACACCAGCGUCAGUGUGGUCCGUUGAUGAACGAACUGGCACCACCCCUUCCUCUGAGGGGAGCAGCGAUGCUCUCACAGCCUCCGACGACCUGCCUGUGGCAGACGUCGGCACGCUCCGGCUCACUGGGGAAAACAAAUGGAAGGUCAUUUGGCCGUUUAUGAUCCUUAUUUACCUGGCAAGUACUUGCCGGAGCCCAGCCCUGCGCGUGCCUUCAGCAGCCUUCCGCAGAACUGUGUCGGGAAGGCCAGUCGGGAGAUGGGUGUCAUGCUCUGUCUCUGUCACUUGGUUUGGUUGACAUGGAGUGGACUGCAGUGGAAUUAUGGACCUGAGCGGGGUCAUAUCAGCUGGAGCUUGCAGGAGCUGUGGAAGAGACCAGCCUGGGGUGUAAGGAGGUUUCGGGACCACCUUCUCUUUCUCCCAAGGUCCCCUCUGCAGCCAGCAUGGCCUCCCUCCGUCCCCUGGGCCUGCUUUUCCAACAUUCCCAGUUUCCUCUGCCUGAGAUUCCCCACCACCCAUCCCGUUCCUUGCAGGUCUGCCUCCCAGGGGAGCAGCGUUGCCCCAGCCGUGGCUUCCCCUGGGUCUUGUGCGGAAGCAGCUGACAGUGUGAGCAGCUGAGCAGAGAGCCUGCCGGGACGUCUGGCUGCCAACGGGGGUGGGAGGGCUGUCAUUGGUCUCGGGAGGAAGGCAAUUACUGUGGCUGCUGUCUGGUAUGCAGCUCUCGCUGCUCUGGAGCACGUUUUGGGCCCCGCCCUGCAGGGUGUGAGAGAGGAGACGUCUGUGCCACUGGUGUCGUUGGCGAGCUGCCACUGUGGCUGGAGAGUCAACAGUGGGCCCUGCCCCAGGACCGGGAGAGGCUGGUCUGGCUGUCCUGACUCAGCUCUGGCCCCACAGGCACCUUGAGAGCCACGAGGCCUGUGUGGCUCGUCAUAGGGACAGGGUUUGCAGUCCCAACCCUCCCUAUCUUCUUGCUUCACAACCGGCGCGUCCCUUCAAGGUCCGGGUGUCCGCUGGGUUAAGCAGGGUGCAGGCGUCACUCCGUUGCAGUCAGCUGUCUUCCUGGGCAGCUCGGGGCAGCCCUCCUCCUCCAGGGGAUAAGCAGUGCGAGUCUGAGGGAGGCCUCCCUGCUCUGGUCUGCGGCCUUCACUCUCGCUCCUCGGUGCAAACUCAUGUUAACCUGUUACUAGAAAAGCAGUGGCGUGCGGAAGACGUGCUCACUAAAGCCAUAGCCCAGGCAGUCCCUAUGGCCCAGCGUUUAUUGGGCCAAAGGUGCGGUCUUGCCGGGGGCAUGGCCAUGGGAGGUGGAGGGAGGGGCUCCAUCGCACCCACCUUCUGUUCUCACCUUACUAAUAGGCCUGGUUUUAAAUGAAGUGUCAGCACUAAGAUUUGAGAUGUGGUUCCAGCAGGUCCCAGGCUCUGGGAUUGGGUGUGACAGCAGGAGGGGAUGGGCCACCUGGAUGCUGGGGCCACCCCCAACGGCCCCAGACAGCACCAGGAUGUGUCAGAGGCCAGGCGGGGGAUCCUCCUGGGCUUCUGCCUCCCUUUCUGCACAUGUACAAUCUCCACUGGCCGUCACCCCCGGGGCACUGCAGUGGCGGUGGGGCGGAGGGGGGGUGGUUGGCCAUAGGGGGCAGCCGUCCAAAAUCCCAGCCUGGCCAGAGGGCACAGGAGAGUGAGAGAGCACGGCCGGUGCAUGUGGCUGGGUCAGCCACAAAGGGCCUUGUGCAUUUAGUGAGAGAUUUUGAGCUUCCAUUGAGCUGUGAAUGGGACCUUGAAGAGUUUGAAAGGCUUAAACGGUGUUUAAAUCCCUCAUUACUUUCUUAUGUUUUCUCAUCUUGGCUUAACGUUCCCUGUAUGUGAAACCCACAAGAAGUUCAAGGGUAGUUAUUUUCCUGGCUGAGAUUAGCUCCACUUGCUUGAGGUUGGCCUUGUAGGCCUGCGUCUGGACAGGAGUGCAGCUACCUGUCUGUCGUGCCUUUUUACCCUGGGGAUGGUGGGUGGGUGCAGCCUGUCUGCAGCCUAAAACACUGGCUCAACCGUCCCCACACAUGUCUUUCUCUCAGAGAAGUCCAUUGUGCCUUCAGCCAGGCUGCUGACACUAAUUUUGUGGGGGGUCUUGGAGGGUCUUCUCCACGUGUGGAGUUCUGUAAAUACGACAGGUUCACGUAUAAAGAAAUGAUUUUGAUUGGGCGACUAUAUUGAUUUGCUGCACAUGAAGUGGGAGUUUAAAAAAUCCAAAGACUUUGUAAUGAAUUGUAAAGACUUAAUGAUUUGUAUUAUAUAAUGAACUAAAGGUCUGUACUUUUGUACCAUAUAUGCCUUUCUGUCGUAUGACCAGCAGCCUCUAAAUAAAACCAGAUGAUUUCAUGCCUA